UUUGCCAGGGUGUGGCUCAACAUGCAGUGAAGUUUAAUCCUCCUACUAGCGUAUUUCAUUCCUCAUUCUUGCUCCUGCUUCGGUCUCCACUGCAGACUUCUGCUCUUAAACCGAAACUCUUCUCUCGCUUCGAGCUCUUUGAAGUAUUACGUGAAUCUCAAAGAUGGCUGGCAGAGGAACAGUGAAAGCGCAAAGUGGAUUCAAUGCUAAUAAUGAUUCUGAAGUUCUCUACAAGGCCAUGAAAGGACUCGGCACUGAUGAGGAUGCCAUUCUCCAGCUGCUGACAGCACGCAGUAAUGCACAGCGCCAGGAUAUCAAAGCUGCAUACAAAACCCUGCAUGGAAAGGAUUUGGUGGAUGAUUUGAAGUCAGAGCUGGGUGGAAAGUUUGAGAGUCUGAUAGUAGCUCUGAUGACUCCUCCCAUCAAGUAUGAAGUAACAUGUUUGCGAGAUGCUAUUAAGGGUGCAGGCACAGAUGAGAAGGUGUUGAUUGAGAUCUUGGCAUCUAGGUCACCUAAUGAAGUUAACGAGAUCAAAAGUUUAUACAAGCAAGAGCAUGAUCAUGACCUGGAGAAGGAUGUUACUGGUGAUACUGGAGGUCAUUUCCAGAGGAUGCUGGUUGUUUUGCUUCAAGCAAGCAGACAGCAGGGAAUACAAGAAAACCUCAUCCAAAGUGAUGCCCAGGCUCUGUUUGCAGCAGGAGAACAGAAGUAUGGAACUGAUGAAGGCCAGUUCAUCACUAUACUGGGAAACCGUAGUAAUGCUCACCUUAGGAGAGUGUUUGAGGAGUAUAGAAAGCUCUCAGGGUAUGAGAUAGAAGAGAGCAUCCAGAGAGAGACAUCAGGAACUCUGCAAGAAGUACUGCUGGCCGUGGUGAAGUGUGCCCGCAGUGUGCCAGGUUAUUUUGCCGACAGCCUUUACGGUGCCAUGAAGGGGGCAGGCACUGACGACCAGACAUUGAUCAGGAUCAUGGUUUCCCGCAGUGAGGUGGACAUGUUGGAUAUACGUGCUGAGUUCCGCAAGAGGUUUGCAACCUCUCUCCACAAAAUGAUUCAGGGUGAUACCUCCGGUGACUACCGUAAAGCCCUGCUACUCCUGUGUGGCGGUGAUGAUGCAUAAGUUCUGCCACUCUCUCUGCCUGGGUCAGAUCCCAUGACUCCCUUCUCAGGAGGAACGUCUAUGGGACGAGGGCCUAGUCCCCUUCUAAACCCAAUUCAGGACAAAUUGCAAAAACAUGACAUUCCAAAUCAAUAGAAGGAUCUCUUGUCCAACUGUGAAGAUGCUCUGCAUAAAACAGAAUUACUUAAUUCAAAUAAGCAAUAAUUUUGAUAUAUUUUGUCAUUCGUAUUUCAUGAAAUGUGUAAUAGAUUUAGAGAAAAAAAUACUAAAAUAUGAAACGCCUUCUCUUUUUCAUACUUAAAGACUCGGAGAAAAAUAUACUAACCCUUCUUUGUUUGACUAACGCAGUUUCUUACAGAAAACAGAAAGUGCUACUCAUUUCUUUUUAAAGAUGAAAGCUCAAGCCUUAUAAGAUUUCCAAAAAUAUCUAUUAAGACCAAAGACUUGUACUCGAUGAAGCAAUUUUAUAUGUAUUCAGCAAUUUUUCACUUAUUUAUUGUUUGUAUACUUACUAACUACCUUGACAUUACAGUGUAUAGCAAUAUAGUAUAACAACCAGUCUGAUAAUUGGCAACGUUAGCAAGUUUAUUUCACUGUUGAUCUGUCUGUGUAUGUUUUAAACUUGAUUUGUGGUAGCUGACGGAAAGGUUCACUGACUGUACUUUUGGUGUCAGGGAAAAAAAGAAGGCUGUUUCAUUAACAUUCCACUAUUGAAGUUUAAACAUACUGCCAGUGAUUAGUAACGUGAUAUAGAAUUACAACAAGAGAAUUUGUCCUCUUUAAGGUGAUUAACAUUCCUUAAAAGCUGAAUAAAAAGGUGCUACUACAGAAAUGUUUUAAUAUUUCAUUGCCAUAAUGUUCACAGUAAACGCUCAUGCAGUAAAAGCAAA